AUGACUGCAAGAAUCUCAGGAAUCAAGCGGAGCAAAGGAUCAACAAGGCGCUCAUCGAGGAGACGUCCAAGCUUUCGUCCUCGUCAUUCCACUAGACACCAUCACAAUCGUGAAACUGCCAGUCGGCGCCGGUCAAGGUCCCGUCCAUCGCGGAGACAUUUGAGCUCUCGUUCAUUCCGUCAUUCCAAUCGCCAUCAUCGCGACCGUGGAACUACCAGUAGACGCCAAUCUGCUUCAAGGUCUCCUCCAUCCACUCAUCGCGAUCAUGGAUCCUCCAGCCAUCGCCGAGAUCCUCGAGCUUUUUCAAGACACUCACAUCGCUCAAAAGAACAUGCUUCAAAGAAGCGCGCACGAAGAUCGUCAAGGAAAGAGCCCAGAGGAUCGACAAAUCGCCAAUCAACUCUUGUUGAAAAACCGCCAAAGCGUUCCUAUCGCACACGCCGCCAUUCUGCAACAAAACGUCCAAGAGAAACAUCCAAAGAAGCACCACAACAGCAAUGCCUUUCCCUUUCAUCAAGCACUUCGAAUCCUUCAAGGCGACUACCGAAUGAUGAUUGCGAAAGGUGCGGGAUUGAUCAAGAAUCUCGAAAGAAGUAUUGGCGGGCUAGUCGAAUGGAUACAGCAAGGAGUGGUCUCGCCAUUCUACAAAUCCUGCUCGAGUUCUAUCUUCUUUGUCACCUCGUUUAUUGGCUAUGGCUUUCGUACCAAUGGAACGAUAUGCAACGAGCUCGCUCCUUUCUGCUUGUCGAAUCCGUCUUUGGCAUCAUUUUGUUUGUGAUCACCGCAAUGAUGCUCACCUUCCCAUAUACAGUCUAUUACAUCUUCAGUGUGAUCCUUCAUCUUGGACUUUGCACUGGGUCAAUGUUCGGCGCUGCCUUCGAAUUUUACAUGCAUGGAUUCUGCAAUGAACUUACUAUCUCGCAAUGUGCCAACACAGCGUUUUUCCCAUGGACUGCACUGAAUGCUCAAGCGGUUAAAAUUCGUCAAAGUGGCCUCUUCUUCUACCAAGUGAUCAAUAUUUUACAAGGAUUUUUCGCGAUUGUUGUCGGAUUGAUUGGCCUCUACGUCUACUUGAAUAGUCUCACCCGUUUGUGCAAGAGUCGAGAAGGAGCCACUUUGAUUGAGCGAAUGAAGGCCCAUUUGCGUGAGGGACGAGUGUGCAAUAACGUUCGACCGGUGAAAAGCAAUACACGAUCGCUGGAAAGGGGUGCGCGAAGAACCAACGGCACUACAAAAACGCUCAUCCAAGCAACAAACCAACAAGUGGUCGUUGAACAAGUUGAAAACGAAGUCAACGAAUCGCCUCAUCGACGAAUGACACGGACGGCGGUGAGCAACAAUGUGCCCCAUCAAUGGGUGAAAACGGUGAGCCGCUAUUCGGAAGUCGGACCGAAUGACGACAAAUGGACACGAGUUUGCAUGGGAAACGAGACAAACGAUCGGAUUUGCUCGCUUUGCCCCCGACGUCUCGGACAAGAUAAAGCUACGGGCGGCAAUAAAGGAAACGUUCCAACUAGUGCCCUCACCUUGGAGUCCAAACAAAAUACUAACAAGACAGCGUCGACCAAUGUACCGCAAUUACCCCAGAUCAAGACUACGGAGAUGACUACAGGUGACGCAUCAAAUUCCCGUGCCGUGCUAAAGACUGUAGCUGUUUGUUUGCCUGUGGACAAUCACAACAUCACCAAGAUGACGCCACAUGUCUCGCCGAUGAAAUAUCUGGAACAUCUUGAAGCAAACGGAUGCUUAUUAGACAAGCCUAGCCAAUACGCCUACACGAAGGAUGAGAAAAAG